AUGACGCUAAUGCCUACUAGUGUGAAUAAGAGCCUUCUGGUGAUUAUACUGUCCGACUUUAUCCAAAUCUUUGGAUCGUCUCGCCUUUCUUUCCAAGCGCCCGUACUCAAGAUGAACGCCGUCAUCGACACCGCCGCCAUCGUCACCAAGAUCGUCGAGAAGGCCCGCCUUCACGAACAAUGGGUCGCACGUCUUCAGAGUCUGAAGACGUGCGGCGACCGUGUUCAAGCCAAGUUCGAUAAAUUGGUCUUCUACGUAAGCUUUGAACGAAAUUUCCAGCAUGAAAGAUUAUUCCAGUUCAAUCUGACGCUCAAGAUGAGAGGAAUCUACAAUUUCACGAGUACCGACGCCCGAUGGAUGAUCGUAAGUUUUUUUUUUCUUUUUUUAUAAUUUUAUCUGAACCUUCAAGUAUCGUCUCAUAACAUUUAAUAAAGCUUCGAAAAUCUUCCUAGCUCCUAGAAAAACUUCUUAUCAGUUUUGGAAAGACCUAGUUAGGAUAAACAUUAUAUAUCCAUUCUAAAAAGCCUUCUAGGAUCAUUAAAAAAAUCCUCUUACCACAUUUUUUUAAUUCUAAAAAAAUAAUUUCAAAUUGGAGCCCUCUAAAUUCUUCAGAAGACAUCAAAAAGCUUCCAAACCCACUUGAACUCCUUGAAGACGUCGAAAUGUUUUUCAGAAACUGGCGCAGAACAUCCAGGCUGGACGACGGCCUGGUGGUUCUGGAGAAGGAAAUCGCAGACCUGACCCUCCUCCACCGAAGAACCGACCAGAAGAUCGUCAGAGAGGUCCUGAAAAAGGCUCAUAAUACGUGUUAUGAUGCCUUCGCCUCUAUGAAGCUUUAGGCCAUUUCCAGCACAAUUGCGUGAGUUUUUUUUUUUGGCUUAAAACGAAUUAUCACAUUGGACACCUGAGAAAUCAAAAGGGUACCGUCAAAGACGCUUCUCACAACAUUUUCUAACUUUUCUCGGCUCACUGACAUCAGAACCCAUAUUUCUGGGUCGGGUCUACCGAUUAGUAUAAAUAGGAGCCUUCUGGUGAUUGAGCUACCAUUAGCAAAGUUUUUGGAUCUUUUUUCACCAACUUCCACGACUUCAAGAUGAGCUUCAUUGUCGCCAAAUUCUUCGAGAAGUCUCGACUUCAGAAGGAGAAGGACCUGGCUGAGGAGCAAUGGAUCGCACGUCUCCACCUUCUGAAGACGUGCGGUGAACAGAUUUACGACGACUUUGGAAAUCUGGCUUUAUACGUAAGUUUUGAAUGAAAUUUCUAAGGUUUACUUUUUUUCAGUUCAAUCUGACCUACAAGAAGGGAGGAAUCAAUAGUUUUACAAGCACCGAUGGCCGCCUCAUAAUCGUGAGUUUUUUUCUUUUUUCUUGAAUCUAUCUAAUUCUUCAAGUACCACCUAACUCUCAAAAAAUUUAAUAAAUUUUCAAAAAUCCUGAUAGCUCCUAGAAACUUUCUUAUCGGUUUUCGAAAGAGCUAGUUAGGAUAAAAAUCAUCUUUUCCAUCUAAAAAUCUUCAAGGAUUCUUCAAGAACCUUCUUACAUUUUUAAAAAAUCAGUCCAACUGGAUUCCUCUAAAUGCUUUAAAAGACUCCUCACUACAUCUUUAGUUCUAAAAAAAAACGGUUAAUUAAAACCCUCUAAAUGCUUCAGAAGACGUUAAAAAGCUUUCAAACUCACUUUAACUUCUUCAAGACGUCGGCUUCUUUUUUAGAAGCUGGCGCAGAACAUCCUGGCUGGGCGACGACCUAUUGGUUCUGGAGAAGGAGAUCGUGGACCUCGACCUUCUCCACCGAAGAACCGGCCAGAAGAUCGUCAAAGAGGUCCUGAAAAAGGCUCAUAACAUCCGUUAUGAAUGCCUUCGCCUCUGUGAAGCUUUAGGUCAUUUCCAGCACAAUUGCGUGAGUUUUAAUAUUCAUUUUUACUUGAAAUGAAAGAAAUACUCGAUUUGACCAAAUUCUUUAUUUUUUUUUCAUUGAACAUUUAAUGCAUUUUUUUCUAAUAUUAAAUCACAUAUUCUAUAGAAAUUCGACAUGAUAUACGCUUUGAUGGUCAAGGAGAUCAAGUACAACGUCGGCUGUCUCCAAUACGCUGUGGGACAAGUCCCUGACUUCGAGAAACUUCUUCGAGAAAUCAGGUUUUGA